ACCUAUUUUAACUGUUAUAUGUAUGUACCUAAUAUUUUUAGAAUUUGUUGUUAAUUUCUUUAACUUUUCUGCUUCUGUAUUGUGAAUUAUUGACAAGAAGAUGGAAGUUGAUAGUGUUACGGAUGAAGUUUUGUCCGCGAGAACUAACGGUGAAGAAGAUCCAUACAAGUCAGAGGGCCAGAUUAUUCUGAAAAUCGAAAAGUUUAGUGAGUUUGCUCGUGAAAGUAGUCCUAAUAAUCGUCGACUGAGCGAUCCAGUUUAUAUUCGUGGAUUGCCUUGGAGAAUUUUGGCUAUAGCAAGAGAGAUGUCUGCUCGUUUUCCUAACCGCCGAUGCCUUGGUUAUUUUCUACAGUGUAAUAAUGGGGAUGCAGAUCCUUCUUGGAGUUGUUCUGCUAAAGCUGCUCUUAAAAUUCUUGCACAAAAACCAGGGGAAGAAAAUCAUGUCCGUAAAGUAACCCAUGUAUUUCAUGCGAAGGAGAAUGAUUGGGGUUAUGCACAGUUUAUGACAGUUGAAAAUAUCAUGGACCCUGAAGAAGGCUGGUAUGAUAAGAAAGAGGAUACUAUCAUUCUUCUUGUUAAUGUAAAAGCAGACCCACCACUUGGAGUUAAGAUUGACGAAGAAAGACUUAAAUCUUUGCAAGAAACUAAAGAGAAGGAGAAAGAAAUUCAAAUUGAUAAUUCUGAUGGAAAUUUAAUUAAAAUAAAAGAAGAAUUGGAAAAUUUGAAGAAAAGUAAGGAAAAGUGUGAAAAACAUUUGACUGAAAAAUUAAAAGAAAAUAAAGAAAUUUAUGAAAGACUUGCUCAAAAUGCAAAUCAAUUUGCAAUAAUUAAUGAAGAAAAUAUUAAACUAAAAGAAGAGAAUGAAAAAUUGAAGAAUUUAACUGAAGAUGAAAAGGAAAUUAAAGUAAUUUCAUUAUACAUGGGUAUAAUAACUAAGGAAAAUCCUUAG